AACUAUGAAAAUGCCUAUUUUAUAUAACAACCAACUUGUGUGAUGGAUAUGUUAUAUCUAAUGGGUACUCCCCUCAGCUCUUUUAUAAAAGGCACGUAUCCAUAACUCUCUGCAGUUGCAUACCUAAACAAUGGAGCCAUGGAAAGAACUGAGCGGAAAAGUAGUGAUGGUGACAGGGGCGUCGUCAGGAAUUGGACGUGAGUUCAGUCUCGACCUGGCGAAAUCUGGUUGCAGGAUCAUUGCUGCCGCUCGUCGUGUUGACAGACUGAAAUCACUCUGUGACGAGAUUAAUUCAGAGGGCCCCCGGCGUGCAAUCGCCGUCGAGCUUGAUGUCACCGCCAAUGGUGCUACCAUUGAGGCCGCUGUACAAAUAGCUUGGGAUGCAUUCGGACGUAUCGAUGCCUUGGUUAACAAUGCUGGCCUUAGAGGUAAUCAAAUAGCAGGAAAUUUUAUUUUGACAGCGGCAAUAUACAUAUAUAUAGGUAAUGUGCACUCUUCACUGGAGUUGCCAGAGGAGGAAUGGAACCAUAUAUUUAAGACAAACCUAAGAGGGGCAUGGUUGGUGUCAAAAUAUGUGUGUAGACGCAUUCGCGAUGCUAAACAGGGCGGAGGAUCUGUUAUUAAUAUAUCCUCAAUUCUUGGUCUUAAUCGUGCACCAUUUCCAGGUAGUCUUGCUUACGCUUCUUCGAAGAUGGCUCUUGACAUGGUCUCUAAGGUAUAUACUCCCUUUGUUCCUCUUUAUCUAAUAAAGUUUGAAUACGCGCGGAAUUUAGGGGGGGGGGGGGGGGAAAGCUUUUGA